CACCGCGAGUGCGCCCCAAUGCACGACCCGGCGGUCCCGCCUGCGCCCCUCCGGGUCGCGGCUUCAUACAUAAUCCACCAGCCUCCGACGGACCAUGCCCAUCGACCUCGGCUUCGGUGACAGAAGCCCCCUUCAAGCCCGCAGCGCAAUUCGCAGCGGUCAAAGCCAAGCAUGGUCUGGAGGAACAUCAACGCCGUCAUAGACGGGAAGCUCUACCUGGGCACGAUCGACGCUGCCAUCUCUCCCAGGACGCUCGCUGACAGGCGUAUCACGCACAUAGUCUCCGUGGGCUCCGAGCCCAUCCCCGCCGACAACCCCGCCUCGGGCAUCCGCCACCUGCGCAUCCGCGUCGAGGACGUCGACUAUGCCGACCUACUCAUCCACAUGCCCGUCGCGUGCCGCUUCAUCCACGAGGCCAUCAACGCUGGCGGCGUAGUGCUCGUGCACUGCGUCCAGGGCCUCUCGCGAAGCGCCACGGUCGUCGCCGCAUACUUGAUGUACUCUCGCCGCAUCGAAGCCAGCGAGGCUAUGGAGAUCGUUCGCCGAGCGCGUGAACAGGUGUGGAUCAUCCCGGGCUUCCAGGAACAACUCGUCCUCUUCGCGCUGUGCCAGUACAAUCCGUCCCCGAGCGAAGGGAUCUACGUCCGCUGGCGCCAGAAGAUCGAUCGCUUCCUCCAAGGCCAGCAGGCCCAGGGCGCCCGUCAGUAGCGGCCAAAACCAGGAACCCCGUGCAAGGCGAUACACACGGCCACUCUAUAUUGCCCUCUUGAAGGAGCUGAACACCGAUGCACAUAUACCACCUAGAUGUUGGGAUACGGUCCUCUUGCUUUCCAUUAUCCUGUUGCUGCUACUACCCAGGUCUCUCGUUUUGUUGUCUGUUGUAGCACCAAGCCACGCUCGCUUCCCCGACUCGUCUGCUACUAAUACUCUACACUGCUCGUAUUCCCCCGACCCCCGCUCUCUGUCGUACCCGUAAUUCCACCUCUGACAUUCCUUGACGGAAUGCCCUCGUAUU